AAACAACUGGAUCUGUGCAGGAGUUAGCAGCUGAUGUUCCCCCCCCUCCCAUGGGACAAUUUGUGAAAUGCUGGGGAUCCUGCUGGAUCUUCUCCGCAUGAAUGUGGCACCUUUAGCCAUCUUUCAGAUGCUCCGCUCCAUGUGUGCUGGACAGAGACUCAGUUCUGAAGCCACUUCUGAAUCAGCACGAGAGCCCCCAAUUGUCUCUGCCAAGACCAGUAAAAUCCCUGCACCACUUUCACUUUCCUCUGUCCUUCGAGCUCCACGAAUAAGAGUCACUAAGGCUGUGGUCUACAGUCCUGCUGCAGCUUGCGCGCCUCUCUCUCAAGGUCCCCCUGGCUCUUUCCAGUUUUCUUGCUGCCUGUUCUCUCCUUUUGCAGGGAGAACCAGAACCAUUGCUGCGACGACUGGAACCCAGCCUGUAUCAGAUCAUAGUAACCGGGAAGGAUCUAUUCAACGAGUACCUCGGCAACCAAGUGCCAGCAGGCUGCAGAAAACUGGGAAGAGUGCAUAGCUGUGUUUGAAGGGAUGUGUGGUUCCAGGUUUGCUGUGAAAUUGUACAGUGGCAAAUAUAACUAGUCAAGAAUAGUAAUAUUGCAAAAUGUCAUAUACAGCUUAUUUCAGAAAACCAUUUUACGUAAAUGAAGUGGAAGUUGCUUGCUACAUAAUACUAAUAAAAAUCCAAGUGAACCUA